CCACAGUCUCCUGCACCCAUCAAUACUCCUGCAUGCUGCCAACAGGAUACUGGGAGCCUCCUAGGAAGCGCUGUUGCUGUGCAAGACGGGGGACACAGCUUGUGCUGGUGGGGCUGCUGAGCACAGCAAUGUGUGCCAGCCUGCUGACCCUGCUUCUCCUAUGGCACUGGGAAACAGAGAAGACUCUGAAACAGCUGGGAGACACUGCCAUCCAGAAUGUCUCUCGUGUUUCCAAGGACUUAGAAAGGUACCAGAGUAAUCAACUGGCCCAGGAAUCCGAGGCUGCUCAGAUGUCACAAAGCAUGCAAGAGCUCCAAGCUGAACAGAAGCAAAUGAAAACUCAGGACUCUCAACUGUCCCAGAACCUGAACAAAAUCCAAGAGGACCUAACCAACAUCGAAUCCCAGAACUCUGAGCUCUCCCAGAACCUGAACAGACUCCAGGAGGAUGUAAUCAAUGUCAAAUCCCUGGGCUUGAAUGAGAAGCGCACAGCCUCAGAUUCUCUGGAGAAACUCCAGGAAGAGGUGGCGAAAUUAUGGAUAGAGGUACUAAUGUCAAAGGGAACUGCAUGCAACACGUGCCCCAAGGACUGGCUCCAUUUCCAACAGAAGUGCUACUAUUUUGGCAAAGGCUCCAAGCAGUGGAUCCAGGCCCGGUACACCUGCAGUGACCUGGAAGGGCGGCUAGUCAGCAUUCACAGCCAGGAGGAGCAGGAUUUCCUGAUGAAACACAUGAACAAAAGGGAUUCCUGGAUUGGCCUCCAGGAUCUCCAUAUGGAGGGACAGUUCACAUGGAUGGACGAGAGCCCUGUGGAUUAUAGGUAAGGGGGCUUCUGGGAAACAAGUGAGGUGGGAGAAACACCAAGGAGGGAGCAGGCUCCUGAGUACCUCGCGGCAGAGUCCAGGGCUCAAGGAAAGGUGCUACAGGCCACAGAUGAAGGAGAGCCCUGGGUUCUGGACUUCUUAGCCUUCUUAGCCACAGGGAAAGGAUGAAGGGCCAAGGAAGUGAGCAGCAAGCACAGAUUGGAAAGGUGGGCCUUGGGCUGCAUGGGUAGG